CCGGGUAGACUAUCGGCGCCCCGGACCAUUUUCGCAUCGUUUCGACUGACACGCGGCCGGUGGCGGUCGUCUUGUGUCCGCCAGCAGCGCAUCCCUCCGCGACGUCCCCGACGACGACGAGGCCGCCAGCAUGGAGAGCCGUCGCAGCGUACUCCUGGUUGCCGCCCUGCUCUGCGCGUCCGCGGCGCACGCCAAGAGGCCCCAUAUCGUCGUCAUCCUAGCCGACGACCUGGGCUGGAAUGACGUGAGCUUCCACGGCUCGGACCAGAUCCCGACGCCCAACAUCGACGCGCUGGCCUACAACGGCGUGAUCUUGAACCAGCACUACGUGCCCGCGCUGUGCACGCCGUCCCGGGCCGCCCUCAUGACGGGGAAAUACCCCACCCACACCGGCAUGCAGCACAUCGUGAUCCUGGAGCCCGAGCCCUGGGGACUUCCCCUGGAGGAGAAGCUGCUCCCGGAGUACCUGUCCGAGCUGGGCUACCGCACCCACGCCGUCGGCAAGUGGCACCUCGGCUACCACCGGCGCGAGUACACGCCGACGCACCGCGGCUUCGACUCGCACUUCGGCUACUGGAACGGCUUCCAGGACUACUUCGACCACACCGUCAAGGCCACGUUCGGCGCCGCCAUGAGCGGCUACGACAUGCGGCGCAACAUGAGCGUGGCCUGGGACGCGGCGGGCCGCUACUCCACGGACCUGUUCACGGAGGAGGCCGUGCGCCUGGUGCGCGACCACCCCAAGGACUCGCCCCUGUUCCUGUACCUGGCGCACCUGGCGCCGCACACUGGCAACCGGGACAACCCCUUCCAGGCCCUCGACGAGGACGUCGCCCACUUCGGCCACAUCGCGGACCCCGAGCGCCGCGUGUACGCCGCCAUGAUCCGCCGCCUGGACCAGGGCGUCGGCGAGGUGGUGGCGGCGCUGCGGGAACGAGACAUGCUGCAGGACUCCAUCAUCCUCUUCAUGUCGGACAACGGCGCGCCCACGUUCGGCGUGCACUCUAACCGGGGCUCCAACUUCCCGCUCAGAGGGAUGAAGGAGUCCCCCUGGGAGGGCGGCGUCCGCGGUGUGGCCGCGCUCUGGAGUCCGCUGCUGGACAAGCCGGGCCGCGUCUCCGGCGCGCUCAUGCACGUGUCGGACUGGCUGCCCACGCUCCUCAGCGCCGCCGGCGCCAACGCCAGCUCCCUGCCGCUGCUGGACGGCGUGGACCAGUGGGCCGCCCUGAGCCGCGGAGCGCCCACGCGGCGCCUCGAGGUGCUGCACAACAUCGACGACAUCGUCAAGUACGCGGCGCUGCGCCGCGGCGACUGGAAAUACGUCACCGGAUCGACGCAGGACGGCGUCGCGGACCACUGGUUCGGCGAGAAGGGCCGGGACGCCGCCAACCCGCCGUACCCCCUGGACGCCGUGCUGCACUCCAAGACGGGCGUCGCCCUGGCCGGCCUGGGGGCGACACUGCAGAUCAAGGGCACAGCGCCCGAAGGGUACCAGCCGCUGUCCGCGUCCACCGCGCUCCGCCUUCGCGCCGAGGCCGAGGUGCAGUGCCCCGACCUGGCCGACAAGGAGGCCGUGGCCUGCAACCCCAUGGAGGCCCCCUGCCUCUUCAACAUCCGCGCCGACCCCUGCGAGAGAGUGAACCUGGCGGCCGCCCGCCCCCAGGUGCUGCAGAGCCUGGAGGAGGCCCUGGGCCGCUACCGCCGCACCAUGCUGCCGCCGCGCAACGUGCCCACGGACCCGCUGGCCGACCCGGCGCACUGGAACGGCACCUGGACCAACUGGUGCUCGGAGCAGGACGACGUGGACCUCGGCGCGCUGGGGGAGCGCGACGACGACGGCAGGGCCGUGGCGCCGCUGUUCGCGGCCACGCCGGGCCUCGGCGUCUCCACCUUCACGGCCAUGUCGCUGGCCACCGUGGCCGCAGUGCUGGCCGCCAGCCUCGCCAACCCCUCCGCCUUCACGGCCUUCACGGCCGCGUCGCUCGCGCCCUGGGUGCAGCGCCUUAAGGCGCAGCCCGCGCAGCCCCAGUAGAGGCCGGCGCCGUCCCGUCUCUCCCGUUGACGUCAACUGGCCACUUUUCGGCGAGCAAAAAGGCCGCGGUGACGUACGUCAUAACGUUGUUGAACUAGAACGCGCGCGUACUCCGGCUGGAGUCGCGGACCACGCCUGGAGUGCUUGCCGCCUUCGACUUUGCUGCGACACGGCGGGGCGGCCUGGCUCGCUGGCCGAAAUUGGCUUUUCGGGCAAGUUGAAGCUGCCGCCUCGGUGUCGGUGCGCAUGGGGUGUCUCGUCUGUGAUGCUAGAUAUAAGGUCUGUGAUAUGUUUCAUGUGGAGUCGUAUUGUAAUAGUAUUAGCCAUCUCCGGUCAUCAAGGGCGUAAAUUAUUGAGAGUUUCAUUGAUUGUUAAUUAAUUCAUUUGAGGGAGGAUUAUAUUACACUUCUGACGAAAAAUAUAUUGUAUUCUUGUAGGAUUUUUUUAAAAAAGGAAAAAUAACUAGGAUAAGUUUUUGAUUGUUUAUUUAACGGAAAAGACGAAUGCAGUAUAUAAAAAUAAACAAAUACUUCUGAGUAAGCAUGAUAUUGGUGCUAUGGCAUAGUGAAUAAAUAACGUGAUCUCAUGA